CUUCCGGUGACAGCCUUUACGUGCGCAAUGAUGGGGCGGGGAGACGGCUAGUGAUUUGGAAGCUGGUGCCGCCGGGGAGCGGGAGUCCACACGCCAUGAUCCGCAAUGCAGUUAGAAAGCCGCCUGCGGGAGAACCGAACGGUUUGUUGGAUGGCCCGGAACCGGGAGGAGGCCGGCAGCAACAGCGGGGGGAGCCGGCGAGGAAAAGCAGCGGGCGGCGGGAGGAGCAGGACCGGCGGAGCACCGAGUCCGAGGUGUUUGAUGAUGGAACGGUCACCUUCUUCUGGAGAGCGCAUACCUUGACCGUGUUAUUCAUCCUCACUUGUGCACUGGUUUAUGUUACUCUGUUGGAAGAAACCCCUCAGGAUACAGCCUAUAAUAUUAAGAGAGGGAUUGUUGCCAGCAUUCUUGUGUUCCUAUGUUUUGGAGUCACUCAAGCAAAAGAUGGGCCAUUUUCCAGACCUCAUCCAGCAUAUUGGAGAUUCUGGUUAUGUGUCAGUGUUGUGUAUGAGCUGUUCCUCAUCUUCAUACUUUUUCAGACUGUCCAGGAUGGUCGUCAAUUCAUGAAAUUCAUUGAUCCUAAACUGGGUGUCCCUUUACCAGAGAGGGACUAUGGCGGGAACUGCCUUAUCUUUGACCCAGGAAAUAAGACGGAUCCAUAUCACAACAUCUGGGAUAAAUUGGAUGGAUUUGUCCCAGCCCAUUUCCUGGGCUGGUACCUUAAGACACUAAUGAUUCGAGACUGGUGGAUGUGUAUGAUAAUCAGUGUGAUGUUUGAAUUUCUGGAGUACAGUCUGGAGCAUCAAUUGCCUAAUUUCAGUGAAUGCUGGUGGGACCAUUGGAUAAUGGAUGUCUUUCUAUGUAAUGGAUUUGGAAUCUAUUGUGCAAUGAAAACACUGGAGUGGCUUUCAAUGAAACCAUAUCACUGGCAAGGACUCUGGAAUAUUCACACUUACAAAGGGAAAAUCAAGCGCAUUGCUUUCCAAUUUACGCCAUACAGCUGGGUAAAAUUUGAAUGGAAACCAGCCUCAAAUCUUCGCAGAUGGCUGGCAGUUUGUGGAAUUAUUUUCAUGUUCUUGCUUGCGGAGCUAAAUACAUUUUACUUGAAGUUUGUCCUCUGGAUGCCCCCUGAACACUACCUGGUCUUGCUGCGUCUCGUUUUCUUCGUGCAUGUAGGAGGUGUAGCAAUGCGUGAGAUUUAUGACUUCAUGGAUGACUUGAAAUUCCAUAAAAAGCUUGGCCAACAGGCUUGGUUGGUAGCUGCGAUCACAGUGACGGAAUUCCUAAUUGUGCUGAAAUAUGACCCAUAUACACUUACGCUGCCGAUUCCUUUCUACGUCAUCCAAUGCUGGAUCCUUGGAUUCAUACUAGUCCUGACUUGGACAAUAUGGCGUUUCUUUAUACGGAAUAUCACGCUGCGAUGGAAGGAAACAAGACUGCAAAAGCAGGAGAAUAUGAGUGAAAAGAAAAAAGUGGGCAAUGGAAGUGCAAGUCUCUUUGUAAAAAGCAAACAUAACAGCAAUGAUGUCCGACAAAGAAAAUGUUGAAUGUUACAAAGUGAAAAGACUGACUACUGUGCACCGAUAAACCAGUCAAUGAUUUGAGCAUCAACUGCAUUACAAGAGCCUUGUUUCUUCAUUGGGCGUCACCAGUGCUACUUCAGUUUUUGACUGAAGUAUGUAUUCUAAAGGAAUCUUAAUUAAAUUCACUGGGUGUUUAAUUUAUGUAUAAAUUUUGCAGCACUAACAAAACUAUCAUAAUUUCAUGAAACUAAAUCAUACCAAUGUACAACCCUUUGGAUCAAUAUUUCCGACACCCUUUGCCAACUUAUGGUUGUACAGAUUGGUUCUAAACACCCAUAGGUUCAACUAAACUCUCAAAUCACAUGCUAACAUGGAUUACAAACUAAUUACUAACUUGGUCAUCUCCUGCCAAGGACUUAACAUUCCUUUAUGGGAAUUUUGAAGUGGCCUGCAUUGUUGGUUCUAGGAGACCAUUCAGGCUUCCAUGCCUGAUUAGAAAUCUAAAAGUGCAGAAAAAGUUGUUGUAUUACCACUCUACACUAGCCCACUUUAGUGUGCUUAGCAACUUGCGUAAUACUGAAUGUUGCUGGUUACAUCUAGUGGUAGCAUUGCACUGAAACACCAACCUUGUACUUUUGUUACAGGCAUCCAGCCUUGGAUCCAUAAGUGUCCAGUUAUGCAUUUGGAUACCUGGCUGCAUUAGCACUGCUGGCCAGUGUUUUGUUAGAAAAGUUCUUCCUUAUAACGCACAAUACAUUGAGAAUUUUGGCAGAUUUUUUUAAAAUUUGAAAACAUUUUUGCUUCAUGAAAUUACGAUAUUCAAACCCUUCAGCAAUAGUGAUCUUGGUUUUGAACUCUUAAAGCCAUAUAUAACUGUCAUUUUCAUCCAGGAAUAGAAAUCACUGUUUUUAUACUUGGGGUUAAUUUAUAAAAUGAUAGUAUUACUUGAAUUUUUUUUCCUUGUAUGCUUCAUUAUGCCAUUUUUUAAACUGGUAAAUUUGUCUCUGAAUAUUGGGUACAAGGUAGGGUGAGUUUAGUUCUUCGAACAAAGCAAAAAAAUGUACAGUGCUAAAUGUUGAGAUUUGAAUAAUUAUACCGUAACUAAUAUGCUGUCCUGUGUUCAAAAUAUUAAGAUUGCUGUGUUUUGUUGAUAAAUUAUGUAAAUUAUACCUGGUAUGAUAAGCUAAGAUGCCUUGUAAGGGUAGAAGGAUAUGGCAUAAUGAAGUCUGGGACAUGUUCACUUUAGAGCAGUGCUCUGUGCACUCGACUGCACCUAGGCUGCUGGUGUUAUAAAGCCAUGGUGGCUAUAAAAGUCAAACUAGGUGCCCAAAUUUCAUAAGGGAUACCAAGAUAAUCACUCCAGAGAGCAAUAGGAAUUGGUAUUGUUUUCAUGAAACACUGAAUCCUAUUUAGACUGCAACACUCAGAUCAGUUUGCCACAUAUGAGCACUUUGUGUAAAAAUAUCAAAGUAUUGGUUGGCUAAAUUUAUUUAUUCCCCCAAAUAAAGAUGAUCCUGAUGGAGUAAGACUUUCUUGUUGGAAGGUAGCCCUCUCCCUUGAGUCUGUUCCCCGACCUGUAAAAUAAGCCUGUGCCUGAGGUAAUGAUGGAAACUCUACUUUCCAGCCAUGGGACAGGCAAUCCUGUUCCUGAAGUAUCGUCCACACCACCAUAAUGUAAGCUGAACCUUCCCUUUAGCUAGCUUACUCUGCCUUGAUGCAAAGUGUGAGGGUGGUCACAGCAAUUCUCCCUCAGUCUGUCUCCCCCAUCAACCCUGCAAUAAAGUCUCAGUAAAACUGCACUGCACUUCAGGUAGAAAUACUGCUGUAAAGAUAGCCUGUCUGAGGUGUUGUUCACCUCAUCCUGCUGUAACGUUAAUCUGUCCCUGAGGUAUUGUACACCUCAUCCUGCUGUAAAGUUAGCCUGUCUCUGAGGUAUUGUACACCUCAUCCUGCUGUAAAGUUAGCCUGUCCCUGAGGUAUUAUAUACUACACUAUGCUGUAAAGUUAGCCUGUCUCUGAGGUAUUGUACACCUCAUCCUGCUGUAAAGUUAGCCUGUCCCUGAGGUAUUAUAUACUACACUAUGCUGUAAAGUUAGCCUGUCCCUGAGGUAUUGUAUACCUCGCUAUGCUGUAUAGUUGGCCUGUCCCUGAGGUAUUGUACACCUCAUCCUGCUGUAAAGUUAGCCUGUCCCUGAGGUAUUGUAUACCUCACUAUGCUGUAUAGUUGGCCUGUCCCUGAGGUAUUGUACACCUCAUCCUGCUGUAAAGUUAGCCUGUCCCCCAAGGUAUUGUACACCUCAUCCUGCUGUAAAGUUAAUCUGUCCCCGGGGUAUUGUACACCUCAUCCUGCUGUAAAGUUAAUCUGUCCCCGGGGUAUUGUACACCUCACCAUGCUGUAAAGUUAGUCUGUCCCCGAGGUAUUGUACACAUCAUUCUGCUGUAAAGUUAGCCUGUCUCUGGGGUGUUGUACACCUUGCCCUGCUGUAAAGUUAGCCUGUCCCUCAGGUGUUGUAUACCUCACCAUGCUGUAAAGUUAGCCUGUCCCUGAGGCUGUUUUGUGCUUACUGUCAUUGGAAUGAUGUACUAGUAAAAUCUGAAUGUAACCAACAUCAGUUCCCAAUUCGCUCAGGAAAUCCACUUGAUUUUUUUCUAACCUUUUGUGACUGUAUUUUCAUAUGUUGAAUUGUUAGUUGCAUUGACUAUAUGCAGAUUUUAGUUAACUUGAUUUGCGUUUACAUUAAUUCUGAGCACUGAACAUUUCUUACUGGAAAAUCUCUUGGAUUUCAAUUAAUUACUAGCAGUUAUCAAACUAAGUUUGAGAAAUUUGCAAGUCCUCCUUCAUAGUAGUAAGUAAACUAUAAAUCUGAUUUCUAGUGCCAAGUGUCCUUUGUGGCCCUCAAAGAGCUGGUGGGUUUCUUGAACCUGGGAAUUUAUGGAAAUCGUUUUUAUUGGGGGGCUGGUUAGAAAUAUUUGGGACCAUUCUUUCAGACAUAUGGUGAUAGAAUGCUUGGAGAUUAUUGAAGUUGAUGGAAUUGAAUAGGAUGAAAUAGACGUUGAACCCUUUGAGGCUUGGACAUACCCAGUUUUGAACUUUUCUUGUUUUUGAGGAUAAAAAUUCAUUCCAGAAGAGAAAUGUUCAGAUUAGUGUUCAAAGCCAGAACACCAUUGGAUUUCCUGUUAGCCUAAUCAAAAUUAAGAAUGCAACCAGAAUGCAUUCUUGAGAGAUAAGAGACCUAUGUCCUGGAAUCACUGAUUGCCAUUAGAUAAAUACUUGCUCCGACACGUGGGCGUAUUGGAAUUAUAGGUAUUGGGUGAAUGAAAUACCCAGUGCAGCACCUGCACGCGCUCUCCAUUUUGAGCCUCUGGAACACUUCUGUCUUCAGUAAUCACCAAAUGAAUGCAAUUAUGUACAUUGAUGUAAAAAUGCUGUUGACUUCAAAAGAUUAACAACCUGCUUUGCUGAGACAUAUUAGUGAGUAAAGCAAUACUGAAUACAAUGCAUUUCAGGGGAUUCAAUCAUGCCAGGGACUGGACAAAGUGCCUAGAUGUAGUCACUAUCCCUCUACUGUUGGCCCUUAAGACAUAUUUUCAAUACUGGUUACAGUACUUGUGCACAUCACUACAUCUUAAUGAUUUACUAAACUUCACAAUAUUUGACUGCUUUGAUUUGUAUUCAACACUAACUAUGUUUUAAAAGAUUUUAUUUGAGGUACAAAAGGAAUCGUAGUCCCUGUUUUAUUCUCAUUAUUUGUACAAAACUGUCAAAUCCUUAUUACCAGUAUAUAACCUUUUGUAAUGUGGAUAGUUUUAUGAUUUAUUUUUGCAUAGUGAUGCUCAUCUCUCGACCAGGCAUGUUUCUGAGGAAUUGAUUGUGGCAAUAUGUUCUCAAUAAACUGGAAGAUUUAAGAUU